AUUUGCUGUACCACACGAUAAAACAGCUGGAUCAUGGAACAAAAGAAAGAGAUUAUUCAUACUGGAUUUGUGUCUGCAAGCUGCGCUCCAUCAGAAAGAGACAAUAGAAGAAACUGUGAAGAAACUGCUGUCAUCUGUGAACUAUAAGAAAUGUGAUUUCCUGCUGGAUCUGUGUUCACAUGUGAAGGACUAUGAGACUCAAACAGGCAGGAGUGUCCUUCCAGCAUUACAGCCAAUUUAUCAGUCAGCUCCUGCAGUCUGGAGAAUAAAGCUCUCAGAGAGAAAGAGCUCCAUCCUCCUAGAAGUGCUGAAACUCCAAACAGAGAAGAAACCAGUCGAGCUGAGAGACUGGACAGAUGAAGAGAGUGAAGUGAAGGGAUUCCUGCAGUGUCUGCCCUACAUCUCACAGCUGAGGCUCUCUAAAGAGGCUCUUCAGCAGCUGGUUUCAGUGGUGUAUGAAGCACAGGAUGAUGAACUGACACGCUGCUUUCUGAAGAAAGUGUCUGAGGAUCUGACUUCCUGCUCACUGACCUGGGAAGUCAUUCAUUACCUGCUGCAACAUCAAGCUCUAAAUUUGAAGUUGGACUUUAGAAAGAGUAAAACCUCUUGUGAAAACAUCAGAGAACUUCUGCCGGUGUUAGACAGAAUCCAGCUGAAACGGUUGAGCCCCAGCUUUACUCUGUCCAUCAUUAUGGAGAUUUAUGAAACUCGCUUUCCUCAGUAUGUGUCCAGUCUGAUGAGUUCAGCAGGAAAUGACAUCAACCUGAAUGCCAGAGUGUUGGACUCUGUUCACUGCGCUGCCCUGCGCUUCACUCUAGAGCACUGCAACACUGUCAAACUCAAUCUGCUCUGGACCUCCAUACCAGAGGAGCAGCUAGAGAGCUUUCUGCCUUUACUCAGCAGAGUCAAACAACUCAGUGUUGACAGGCUGCUGUUGCUGAAGCUGCUUCAUUGCUGCAGUUCCUCUGAUCUCCAGCAGGAGGCCGCAGAUGUUCUUCUCGCUGCUCUUCACAACACGCUGGACUUCUCCUGCUGCUCUGCUCUGGAUUUAACAGACACACAGGAAAACCAAGAGCAUUUGAAACUAACUGAAAAAGACUGUAGAAUAAUCUCAUCCGUGCUUCAGAAAACUCAAAGCAUUGUGAAGUUGAUCUUACAGGACUGUGAGCUCUCCGAUACGGCCCUGAAACAACUUUGGCCAAUCCUGCCUCAAGUGCAGCUGAACUGUAGUAAAGCUCUGCUGCUGCAGUUUCUGGCUUGUAUUAGUAAAGAUGGAUCUCAGAGAGGCUCUUUGAGGAGCGCUGAGGCUCUUUCACAGGCUUUGGGAGGAGAGAUGGACCUCAGUCACACUCAGAUGGACCCGAGAGUUUGUGAACAACUGGCGCUGUUUCUGGAAUAUUCUGAAGGACUGACAGAACUGGAUCUCAGUCACUGCAAACUCACUGAUCUCUGCAUGGAGCCGCUGCUGCCACAUCUGCACAAAACCCAGACUCUGGAUCUGAGUCACAAUAAUAUCACAGAUGAAUCAGCAAAGAGAGUCCACAGUGUCGUCUGCACUCACAGCAAUAUUCAGACUGUACGACUUUUUAGAAACAAAAUCAGUGACAGAAAGCAGUUCAUCGGAGACAAGAGAUUUGAAAUAUGGUGAAAAUCCUGGACUGGUUUAUUUGUCAAGGAUGGUUUGUAAAGAGCUGGAAACAUUUUAGAAUCACUUAGUACUAAACAAAAGAACUGAAUACUUUUAGAUUUAGUAGAUUACUGUUAUGGUUUUGCAUUUAAUUUCUUUGUCAUUAAUGCAGUUUUAUUGUUCUUGAAUCAUCCAGUAUGGAUUUAAAUGAGAUGUUCAUUUACAGAGCUCUAAUAACAAAUUCUAUAUCUGAAGAAAUACUGUCUAUAUGACAUUAAAUGAAGAUACGAUGUGCUGGAGAAAGCCAUAUGAGGAUCUGUGUGAAUAGGAAUGACAUUCACUAGCAGUGCAUCUCUAAUGUAAUCACACAUGGUGGCACCCUCCCUUUAUUUUUUACUUUUAUUGAUUUUAACGUCAUAAACCAGUGUGUACAGAGGCAUUAGAAUGAGAGUAACAUGCUGAAAAUUUAAGAAGGGCGCACAUGCACAAAUGUACAUUUACCUGUAUUCAUUACUAUGUAUAUAAAUGUAAGUAAAUCAAUUAUUAGUAUUUUAUCUGUACAAGACUGCAUUCCCAUUACUCAUGUAUUAUUUUCAUACAUAAUAACAUAUGUAAAGAAACUUAAUUCUUUGUUACCUUUAUCUUCUUAAUGUAGUUUCAUACAUGAAUUUGUAUGAUUAUUGCAUGACACCCAUGACUGCUUUUAAUAUAAAUCUAUGAAAUAAUGUCUCUGUGAGG